AGAGAGAGAGAGAGAGAGAGAGUAGGGGGGCGGAGCGAGAGACUAGAAGCGUAUGUGUGGACACGCAGCCGGAGAGAGAGAGAGAGAGAGAGAGAGAGAGUAGUUGCUCCACCUAAUGUUCAGGACUUUAAACUAUCCACCUUCUUCUCUCACUCUUCUCAGCUCCUGGUGUUCUGGUGUUCUGGUGAUUAUGUAUUAAUCGGUCGCUGGUUUGCUGCACCGCCGGAAUGGAGAUAAAGAAUCAUUUCCCUGCGGACAGAAACGUCUUGUGUUUGUUUGAUGUGGACGGAACUCUGACUGCACCGAGAGAGAAGAUCGAUCCUCAGCUGGAUGCAUUCUUUCAGUUGCUGCGUGCUAAAGUGAAGAUCGGAGUAGUGGGCGGGUCGGACUACUCGAAAAUCGCAGAGCAGCUCGGAGAAGGAGAUGAUGUUAUACACAAGUUUGACUACGUGUUUGCUGAAAACGGUACUGUGCAAUACAAAGAUGGCCAACUGCUGUCCAAACAGGCGAUUCAGAACCAGCUCGGUGAAGAGCUGCUGCAGGAUUUGAUUAACUUCUGUCUCAGAUACAUGGGUCUGAUCAAACUCCCCAAGAAAAGAGGAACCUUCAUCGAGUUCCGCAACGGCAUGCUGAACAUCUCACCUAUCGGCCGGAGCUGCACGCUGGAGGAGCGAAUCGAAUUUGCCGAACUUGACAAAAAAGAGAAGAUCAGAGAGAAGUUUGUCGCCGCUCUGCAGGAGGAGUUUGCAGGGAAAGGGCUCAGGUUCACCCGAGGGGGUUUGAUCAGUUUUGACAUAUUCCCAGAGGGCUGGGAUAAGCGUCUGUGUCUGGAGGUUCUGGAGCAAGAGGGACUCAAAACCAUCUACUUCUUUGGAAAUGAAACAUCCCUGGGCGGAAAUGAUCAUGAGAUCUUUGAGGAUCCUCGCACCAUCGGCUUCACCGUCUUCUCUCCUAAAGACACUGCGAGGCUCUGCCAAGAACUUUUCUUCAACACACCACCUAAUGAAGCUUGAUACACACCUGAACCCACAUACAUACACACACUCGUUUUCUUUGUGUGUUACUGCCCCCUCUGCUGGUCACACUGUCUACUGCAGGGAACUCAGGGCUUUUGGUGUGUGGGUUCUCCUAGACCACAGACUCUAACGAUUUGGGCGAAAGCUCCAACAGAUACUACUGAAAACUCAUGCAGCUACGUGGAGUGUGCAAUGUGCCAGACGACAGAACGUCCUAACCUUCAUCAUCAUCAUCAUUUUUUUUUAAAUAACAUUGUCGCAGAUGUGUGUAUCACCCGAUUAACACAGAUGCUACGAGUGUUUUGCACUGGUCAGUGUGCUCACCCUUCCUUUACAGGUAGUCCCUGAGUUACGAUGGUCCGACUUGCGUUAUUUUUACCAUCUUACACUGACGACGAUGGCGUUACAGCAAAAUCGUACAAAUAUUUUACCUAAGCAAAAGUAGCAGCGUAUGCUCCGCCCCCCACUCGUGAACAUAAAUAUAUACUGUAAAGAGGUGGAGCGUUGGUGGGUUUGAUCGAUACUGGGUCAGAACUAUACUUUCCAUGAGUUACGAUGGGGGCAUCGGGGAAAAAAGUGCUUUGUAACUUGCGGACUACCUGUAUACAUACCAUAUCGCCCCCUAUUGGGCAGCUCAGGAUAACACUAGAAGUACUGUACACUCAUGCUGUUGUCUAUAUCAAGUCCGCUUUAUUCCAAUCAUGCACACAGUGCAUCAUUACGGUAGAAUGAAGGGAGAUGGAUUGUGAUGGCAACAAGGAAAAGUUUUGUUUAAUACACUUUUUGAUUAAUGAUGGAGAAAAAACAAUACUUCCGAUCUCACAGAUUAGGGCUUGGGUUAUUUUUUAGGACUGAAAACAUUUACAUUUAUGGCAUUUGGAAGACGCUCUUAUCCAGAGCACCUUACACCUGAGCAGUUGAGAGUUAAGGGCCUUGUUUAAGGGCCCAGCAGUGGCAGCUUGGUGGUGCUAUAGUUUGAACUUCCAAUCCAAAGUUCAAUGCCUUAACCACUGAGGGACCACGUCCCUGAAAGCAUAUGUAAGGCCAGUGUAGCAGGUGACUGAACAUAGGAACUGGGAAUUGACACAACUCAAAGACGCUGAAUUUGAAAACGAAUCCUGGGCAGUAGAGACGUCAGGACGAGCUACUGGAAGGCACGGAAAAUGUCUAGCAAGAGACCGAACGUCUUUAUGUUUCUGUCAUGUUUUGAAUUAAGAUUUGAAGGAUUUAUGAGGAAAGAUUUUCACCCGAUCGCGAUCCGUGAUUAUGUUCGGUUGAACACUGAUCUGGAAUCAGAUUGGGAGCCAGUAAGGCUACAUCUACACUAAUCCGGAUAAAUAAAAAAAUGGUGUUUUACGUCUAAAAACGAUCGCCGUCCCACUUUUAUUUUCAAUUGUUUCCCAAAAGCUGCUCAUCCAAACUGAAACGUCAGAGGUAAGACGUUUACACACGUUUAAACACUAAAACUGUUUUCAAAUUUAUCCGCUUUGGAAAACGUUUUCAAAAAGCUUCGCUUUGAAUUAAAAAAACGCUGCCACGGUGUGGCUGGAGGGCCAAAAGAGUUUUCAAACGAAAACGUAUUAGUGAGAACGCGGCCUUAAAGCGGAUCAGAUUCAGCACUGAUUUGAGGUGCAGGUCCAGGGCUGUGAGCGAGCAGGUUAUAAGCCGAGCGCUAUAGUAACAUAAAAACGUUCUUUAACAGUUUCAUCUUAUCGUUAAUUAAAAAAAAAUUAUAAUACAUUUUUAUUUAGGAAUAACAACUUCCUGUAUCCCCUCAGGACUUCCUGUAUCCCAUUCCUGCAAAGUCUUAAAGCUAAUGAAGGGAUGAAAACAUAAAAGAAUCUACUUGGUACCAUGAUGUAUAUCAUCAAAAUUUCACGUGUAUGAUUCGAAUGAAAUGUGUUUUUUUAUAUCAGAUGCUUAAAAGGACCAGUUUUAGAAAUAAAAUGUAAACAAUAUAAAAGCCUUUAAUGAUCAAUGUCUUAUCAAAUGGCAAACAAAUGAACGGACACAGGUACUGCUCACGACUCCUCACACACUUCAUUUACCUCACACACUAUUGGGCCAAAAGUAUUGGUACAUUUUCCCAUCACUUGACUUCACUCAAACCUCAGACUCAAACCUGUUCAGUUUCAUGAAAACCAGUGGAAACAGUUGAAAUGUGUGGAAGAUCUUCUAUAAAACUGUAAACGGUAUUAAAGACCUGUGGGAUAAAUAUGAACUACGAACUCCUUUGUGUCUGAAUGAAACCUCACCGAAAUCUCCAUAAAAUCUAGUGGAACAUCUUCCCAGAAGAGUGGAGCUCAUUAGAACAGAGAAUGGGAACUAAAUAUGGAAUGUGAUGUUCGAAAAUCCCAAGUCAGGUGUCCAGAAACUUUAGUGAAUAUACUGUAGAUCACACCAUGUGUAUGAAUUAUGAAUGUUAUUACUAAACACGAGGAAAACUAAAUGAUGUAAACGAUUUCAAACAACAUGCCAUUUUUAUGAUUCCUCCAUAACUGAUCUAAACAAUUCUUUAUCUCUGAAGUCAAGCUUUGAAUUUGAUUGGAUGAUUUUUUCCCUUUUUCUUGUUUUGCGAACUGUAAAGAAAUGUGUUUUUCUUUU